UGAUCCGGGCUGGAUCACAGGGAAAGCGAUUCCCCAAAAAAAUCACCGCACAUUUUCUGAAAUCAUGUUUUAUUCUGAUUUUUAAGUGUCAGUUUGAUUGCUGGACUUUAUGUAGAACCGCGUCUCUGUACUGGAGGAAUUUGUCCUGGAGAAGAAGUUUGAUUGGGCGCUUACAUGGAGAUUGGGACACUCAGACAGAGCCAUGGAUAAUCCACCAAGGACUGGUUUUAUUUUUUAUUCCGGAAAAUAAGACAGAAACACUGUGGACACAAACUGUGGAUUUUUAACCACUUUUCGGGACGUUUUGGGUCCAGUUUGCUCUAUUUGAUUCAAAGUUGAGAGGGCAAAAUGGCGGCGGAUUCGGUUCAGGGCGACGCUCGAGUUCACAUGGUGGCCGAGCGGCUGGGUCUGAUGGGUUUGAGUAUGGACCUGUCGGACACCAUGGUGCAGCAGAAGCUGGACGAGAUUAAAGAUCAGAUCAAGCGCGAGCUGCGUAAGGAGCUGAAAAUCAAAGAAGGAGCGGAAAACCUGCGCAAGGUGACGACAGAUAAGAAAAGCCUGGCGUACGUAGAUAACAUGCUGAAGAAGAGCAACAAGAAGGUGGAGGAGCUGCACCAGGAGCUGCAGGAGCUCAACGCCCACAUCGUCGUCAAAGAUCCUGAAGAACUGCUCGUUUCCGAGUGCCCCAUGACCCCCGACACGCCCAUCAGCACGAACAGCAGCCGUCUGGCGGCCCUGAAGAAACAGAACGACAUCGAGCUGAAAGUGAAGCAGGGAGCGGAGAACAUGAUCCAGAUGUACUCCAACGGGUCCUACAAGGAUCGUAAGCUGCUUGGAAUGGCACAGCAGAUGCUUCAGGACAGCAAGACCAAAAUCGAGUUUAUAAGAAUGCAGAUCCUCAAAGCCAGCCAGACCAAUGAGACGAGCUACGAAAACAACGAUGUGUCUACAAACAAGUCUAUAAUGAGUCCCCUGGAUCUGCGGCUGGAGGAGCUGCGUCAUCACUUCAGGAUCGAAUCGGCCGUGGCUGAGGGAGCCAAGAACGUCAUGAAGCUGCUUGGUUCAGGAAAAGUCACAGAGAAAAAAGCUCAUUCAGAGGCGCAGGCACGUUUCAACGAGUCCAGUCAGAAGUUGGAUCUACUGAGGUUUUCUCUGGAGCAGAGAUUAAGCGAGCUGCCUAAAAAUCACUCAAAAGCCAGUUUGAUCUCUGAGGAACUCAGCAUGGUGGCAACUCCUCCUCAGAGCCCCCGCCAGAGCAUCAUCUCCUCCCACAACCAGUACAGCACAGUAGCCAAACCCGCAGCGCUCACUGGGACGUUGGAGGUAAGGUUGAUGGGCUGUCAGGAUCUGUUGGAAAAUGUACCAGGACGGUCUAAAGCAGCGUCCGUGAAUUUGCCCAGCUGGAGCCCGAGCGAGACCCGCUCUUCCUUCAUGAGCCGAACCAACAAAAACAAAUCAGGCAGCAGCAGAAAUCUCUCCAAAGCAGAUGAGCUGUCCAAUGAGAUCAGUGCAGUUCUGAAGCUGGAUAACACAGUUGUGGGGCAAACUAACUGGAAACCAGUCAGCAACCAGUCCUGGGACCAGAAAUUCACAUUGGAGCUUGACCGGUCUCGUGAGCUGGAGAUCGAUGUGUAUUGGAGGGACUGGCGCUCUCUUUGUGCAGUCAAAUUUCUGCGGCUGGAGGACUUCCUGGAUAACCAGCGUCACGGCAUGUGUCUCUACCUGGAACCUCAAGGAACACUGUUCGCAGAGGUUACAUUUUUCAAUCCAGUCAUCGAGAGGAAGCCGAAACUACAAAGACAAAAGAAAAUCUUCUCAAAACAGCAAGGGAUGACGUUUUUGCGCGCCCCUCAGAUGAACAUCAACAUUGCCACAUGGGGACGUUUGAUGAGAAGAGCCAUCCCAUCUGGCAACAACUCCUUUAGUCCCCAGGUUGCUGAGCUCGGACCAGCGCUGAGCCCUGAAACUGGUAUCCUCGGCCAUCCGGACUCGCCAUCUAUAUCCAGCGACCCGACCGUGAAAAAAUUAGACUUUGACAAAGGAGCCAUCCCUCCUACCAAACGCCGUCCUGUUUCUGUGGAGGUAGAGGAAGAGGAAGAGGAGGAAGACGAAGAAGGACCACCAGCGCAGGAGAAAGUCGCUGAUGGAAGUGCAGUGCAGGAUGCUUUAGCUACCUUUGACUUUUUAAAUGACAGUCGGAACAGCACAGUGUCCAGGCCUGAUUUUGACAGUCUGGUGGAGGACGAGCAGCCUGAUCUGGAGCUCGCAGAUCUACGCAAAGCUGAACCAGGGCAGGAGCCGGACAACCAGUUCAGCCUCAAAGACUUUAACUGUGUGGCAGUACUGGGCCGUGGACACUUUGGAAAGGUCUUACUGACCGAUUACAAGAGGACUGGAGAAAUGUUUGCCAUCAAAGCUCUGAAGAAAGGAGAUAUCGUCGCUCGGGAUGAAGUUGACAGCCUGAUGUGUGAGAAGAGGAUCUUUGAGACGGUGAACAGUGUUCGGCACCCGUUCCUGGUGAACCUGUUCGCCUGCUUCCAGACUAAGGAGCACGUGUGUUUUGUGAUGGAGUACGCAGCCGGAGGAGACCUGAUGAUGCACAUUCACGCAGAUGUGUUUUCAGAACCACGUGCCGUUUUCUAUGCUGCCUGUGUGGUCCUGGGCCUGCAGUAUCUGCACGAUCAUAAAAUAGUUUACAGGGAUUUGAAGCUGGAUAAUCUGUUGCUGGACACUGAAGGAUAUGUAAAGAUUGCUGACUUUGGACUCUGUAAAGAAGGAAUGGGUUUUAGAGAUCGCACCAGUACGUUCUGUGGAACUCCAGAGUUCUUGGCUCCUGAGGUUUUAACAGAGACGUCAUACACACGAGCCGUGGACUGGUGGGGUCUGGGUGUGCUAAUUUUUGAGAUGCUGGUCGGAGAGUCUCCGUUCCCGGGUGAUGAUGAAGAGGAGGUGUUUGACAGCAUCGUCAAUGAUGAAGUUCGUUACCCACGAUUCCUCUCAACAGAGGCCAUUUCUAUAAUGCGACGGUUGUUGAGGAGGAAUCCUGAGCGGCGGCUCGGUGCAGGAGAGCGAGACGCUGAAGAAGUGAAGAAGCAACCGUUUUUCAGAAGCAUGGACUGGGUGGCUUUGCUGGCUAAGAAGAUCAAGCCUCCGUUCAUCCCCACUAUUAAAGGACGCGAGGACGUCAGUAACUUCGAUGACGAGUUCACUUCGGAGGCUCCUAUUUUAACGCCGCCCCGCGAGCCCCGGAUCCUGACCACAGCAGAGCAGGAGUUCUUUACAGAAUUCGACUACAUCGCUGACUGGUGUUAGCUCUCCCGUUCCUACACAUGCUCAAUACUGUGAACCAAAAACAACCAGGACCCUCUUCCACAGCCAGCACCCUCCCCCUGUAAGGAUCAGACCUCUGUCCUUAUCUGUGCCAGUCAAGCAACUGGUGUAGCUUUUUUUUUUCCUUUUCUGUUUUACAAAAUGUUCAUCCCAAGUCUGUAAUUCAGUUAAUCAUGUCAACCCGAGGAGUGACUUUUGUCUGAGCACUGGGAAUUUUUUAUGACGCGUGUACAAGCUCUCCUGUGUAAUGAAGUCUGCUUUACAUUUUGCUGGCAUUUCUGAGGAAAAAAAAACAAUACACUACAUAUUUUUCAGGCUGACAUGAAAUCCAACCAAGUAAACACUACAAGACGUAAGUGCAGGAUGUAAGUGAAACUCCUAGACAAUCUCAUGCUAAAACACUAUCUUCUGAUCUGCAUAUUUAUUUUUUAUUAUUAUUUUUUUUUUACCCCCCACUGUGCCUUAAACUCUGAUCGAGAAAAGGGGCUUCCAAAUAUCAUAUCAGGUACUGAAAACCUGCCGUGCCGUCUCUUUAACCAGUCCGGACGCCUGGCCAUGCCACACAGAUGGACAAAUGAACUUUUAGGAGGUUUUCAGCCUUUUAUCCUUCAUGUAAACAUGUACUCAUAUGUACUCAUAAUUGCUUAAAGAAAUGUAAGUUAUAGUUUUAUAUUCUAUUUUUAGGAUAUUAGCAUCAUGAAUCUGCUGUAUGGUUAUGCAUAUGUGUGUCUCGUUUCAUUUUUUUGAACCAAUGAAAUGUGUGGAUAUCAGUAAGGUAAAGGGCAGCUCACACUAGAGAGUGAGAAAUUAUUAACCUUACAAACUGAAUGUAAAAAGUGUAUAUGCACCAGAAAAUCAGUGUGUGUGUGUGUGUGUGGCAGACGGAUACGCCAAAGCAGACUGUUUUUAUUAGUCUUUUUUUAAUGAUGGUAGUGAGACUCUUCAACACCUUGUGAAUACGGUCUUGAUUUUGCAGUCUGACCGGGUGUAUGGGAUUCAUCGAGGGUAAGUUUAUAUUCCAGUAUGUUCAGCCAGGGCAUUCAGGUGAUGGAGCAGUGUAAUUAAUACACCUACUGCCAAUACUCCAUGAAGUGGCUGUUCCUGAUUAAAGGAAGAAUGCAACAGCAACUUCUACAGUCCAGACUGGAUAGUGGAGCAUGGUCAUCUGUAUGGGCUGAAACCUAUCUGUACUGGGAGAAGUUGCUGGGUGUCGUACAGCAAAUUGGGACAAUAAAAAAUGGGAAUAAACAAUUAUUCAGCCAGUCACAAAUGUCACCAUGUGACAUUACCACUAUUCUUUUUUUUCUUUUUUUUUCUUUUUUUACUUUUUCCCUUUCUCCUGAUUGGCUGCAUCAAUAAGUAUAUCAUGUGAUAGGGAUGAAGACAUAUAUACAAAAUAUUAUCAAAAACACACCCAUAAAUGAAACGUCUGUAUUAGAACUACCGAA